AUGCCAUGGCAUCAACUUCCACUGAAGCCAGAUUUCAAGAAGCUGCCAGUGAUGAAACCGCAACAGAAACCGAAUGCGAGAGUGCACACCCACCCGGUCCGUCGUCACAAGAACAACCCUCUGCAGCAGAGCCAAGAGAAGACAGAAGAAGUGCUCUCCGAAAACAUUCUUGAAAGUGUCGCAGACCAAACCCGAGAGGUUCUCGAGAGGGAGAACGUCACCGUGUCAGUGAGGGAGAAAUUGGCUUCUCUUCAAAAUUCUGAAGGCAUUGUCGAGGACAUCUUCUCGGGGAUCCAGACCACGUACCUCAGAAAUAAGUAUGUGAUGGAGAACCUGCCUUACACAAAUCCUUUGGUGAUGCCUCUUCAUACAGACAAUCAAGAAUUGCAACACACUAUGUGCUACAUACCAGUUUCACAACUGCUUAGCAACCUGCUGUCAUGCCCCGACAUCCUGGAAAGUGUAAUGCAGCCCAUAGAACAGUCUGAAGUGCUUCAGGACAUCACUGAUGGAGACUUCAUCAGCCAACGCCUGCAGCAGAUCGACAGUGGGACACCCACAAUCUUCCUCCUCCUGUACUCGGAUGAGCUUGAGCUGAGCAAUCCACUGGGUGCAGCAGCUGGGUCGCAUAAGAUUCUGGUUGUCUACUUCUCGAUCAUCAACAUUCACCCAAGGCACCGAUCGAAAUUGAAUGCCGUGCAUCUUCUGUUGCUUGUCAAGUACCCAGACGUUAAGAAGUAUGGCUUGGAUCGAGUUCUUGCUCCGCUCAUCCAAGACUUAAACUAUGCUCAUGAGUAUGGUGUGCAUGCACAAGGGAAGCAUUUUAAUGUGGUGACAGUUGCUUUCACCGGAGACAACCUCUCCAUGCACAAAAUGGCAGGCCUCCAAUGCAGCUUCAGCAGUGGUCGCAUAUGUCGUUUUUGCCUUGCUCGGUACGGGCAUCUGCAUAAGUUGCUCUCUGAGGCCAACUGCAUCAUGAGAACUUACGCAGGACACGAGAGCCACCUGAAAGCAUUUGCUCUCAAUCCAACACAAAACGGACCGCUGUACGGCAUAUCUGCCAUUCCAGCACUUCAAAGCCUAACAAAGUUUGACAUCACAACACAACUCCCUCCAGAUGCCAUGCAUGACAUUUUGGAGGGGGGAAUGGGGCUUGUCAUGCAGCAUGUCCUGCGUGGUCUGAUUCAAGAUGGCCUGCUUCAGAAAUCUGAUAUCAACAAGGUAGCAAGCUUCAACUAUGGCUUCCAUGACAGGAAGGCUACCCCUGUUGCACUAAAGGACAAGUUUCUGCAAGGAAAAGCCAACCUGAGAGGUACGGCAGCUCAGAAGUGGUGUUUAUUCAGGCUCCUUCCACAGAUCUUCGGAGAUUCUGUGCCCGUCAACAACCCACACUGGGAAGUUUACCUGGCCUACAGACAUUGCAUUGAUAUCAUCCUGGCAGAGAAUAUUCCACGAGACUGCAUUGCUUACCUGGAGGUGAAAAUCCAAGAAUUCCUGGAGACCUUCACGUCCCUUUACCCAUCCGUAACAGUCACCGCAAAGCUGCACUAUCUGCUGCAUUACCCGGGCUUCAUACAGAGGUUUGGCCCGCCCCGUCGCUACUGGGGAAUGCGCUUCGAGGCGAAGCAUGCCUACUUCAAGGCCGUUGCCUCAAAUGUUCGGAACUUCCGUAACAUCUGCCGAACACUGGGCACACGGCAUCAGCUGUUGCAAGCUUACGAGCUGUCUGGAAAGCUUUUUGAAAGCUCCAUUGAAACAACAGGGUCUGCUGUGGUCAAGGUGACGAGCCUCUCAGACGAAGAGCAAGUUGCUGUCUGCGCCAUCACAUCAGAAAUCACCCUUUGCUCUGUGAAGACUGCUAGCACCAACAGCUGCACAUACCGUCUGAGAGAUGUGUUCGUCUCCGAAGUGCAGAAUGACACCCCAAAGUUUUUGCAGGUGGAGAGGCUGCUGGUGAUGAGUGGUGUAUUGAUUCUUCUUUGCAGACGCCUGGAAACGGUGCGUUUCUGCAGUCACAGGUGCUCCUACAUUGUUGAGAAAUGUGUCGAUGUUGUAGCAAUGACGCCGGACAACCAUUUCGACUUUAGGCCUCUUGACCUGUACAAUGCAGGAACUUUCUAUGAGAUUGUUCCUCACUUUGCAGUUUUGCAAGUUUGA